AUGCUACUGAAACUCAUGGAGUCUUUCAUAUUGUGCAUUAUCCUGGGGUGCAUUGUAUUAUCUGGAAAAACAACAUCUGGUUCUAGAGCUGCAUCUGAUUCAUGUAAAGUCUUACUAUGCGUACUAAUCCUAUGUAUGGAACUCAGCAGAUCUGUGAUCCAGGAAUCAGCCUGCAAUCUGAGAAUCAGAGAAUCCUACGAGGACUAUGAAUACUUUCAGGAAGGAGAUAUUAUCAUUGGAGGAGUUUUCACUGUAAAUACAGCUGUGGAGAAUUAUCCAUUUACACCGGGAAUAAACAAAAAGUUGCUUUGCUUGGCACCCUUCCAACGUAAUUAUGUGAAUAUUCUGAAUUUUAUUUUUGCCAUUGAAAUGAUUAACAAUAAUCCAGACUGGCUUCCAAAUAUUACACUUGGAUUUCACAUUUUUGAUUCAUGUUUAGAUACAAGUAAGGCUGUAAAAAGUGUUUGGCAAAUUUUAUCUGGACCAAGGAAGACUGUCCCUAAUUAUUCCUGUGUGGAAGGUGGGAAGCUGGCAGGACUUAUUGGCGACCACUUUUCAUCCACGACUGUACCAAUAGCACAGAUAUUGAGUGUGUAUGGCUAUGCACAGAUCAGUUAUGGAGCAACAGACCCCUUGUUGAGUGAUCGACAAAAGUAUCCAAAGUUUUUCCGGACUGUUCAGAAUGACAAUGUCCAUUACUUGAUAAUAUCCAAACUUCUGAAAAGCAAUAACUGGAAUUGGGUUGGUAUAUUAUCAUCAGAGGAUAUCUCAGGAGAGCAAGAGAGUCUCAUUCUUAAAAAAUACUUGACCAAAUAUGGUAUUUGUGUUGCCUAUUAUUACACAACAAAAGACUUAGACAUGAUUUUCCUAAAAAAUCUGCAAAUUAUUCAGGAUUCCUCUGCUCAGGUUAUUGUCGUCUCCGGACACUUUAAUUUUGCACUUGCUAAAAUAUUUUUGCAAUACAGUUUUGUGUUUAAAAAAAAGACACUAAUUCUUCCACCUUCUUGGGCCUCCAAUCAUAUUCUUAUGUCUGAAAAAAUAGAAGCCUUUAAUGGUUGUUUGACUUUAGAGCCUUGUCCAGUCCCAUUGCCAGACACUGGUACGUUCUUCGAUAAUAUACAUCCUUCAAAAUACCCAAAAGACAUGAUUCUUCAUGAUUUGUGGAUAACAUAUUAUCGAUGUUUAUCAGCCAACACAUCAAAGAAUAAUUUAUAUGCAAGUGCCUAUAAUAUCUCGCUAAAGCAAUGCACCGGGAUGGAAAGGAUGAAGAACAUUAAGAACGAUGCAAUUUGGGGAGUUUCACCUCGAGUCUAUCUGGCAGAGCUAGUUAGAUAUCAUCAGAUUCCACGUUCACAGUGCUCGGAAAAUUGCCCACCUGGAAAGAGAAAAGUCCCAGGAUCUUCAAUCCAUAUCUGUUGCUAUAACUGUGUCUCGUGUUCAGAGGGCGAAAUAUCCAAUAUAUCUGACAGUGAAAACUGCAUGCAAUGCACAGAGUAUGAAUGGCCAAACAUGAAGCAAGAUCAAUGCAUUCCCAAAUUAGUGGAGUUUCUCUCCUACUCUGAAGGUGUGUUGGCCAUGAUAUUGGCAUCAAUCUCAGUUCUGUUUGGCUUGUUAACCAUAUUAAUAGUAUUCAUUUUUAUUUCAUACUGGGAAACACCAAUUGCUAAAGCCAACAACAGGAACCUCAGCUUUAUUCUCCUUGUCUCCAUCUUGCUGAGCUUCCUCUGUGUGUUUUUGUUCCUCGGACUUCCUGUGGAUAUAACCUGCAUUCUCCGCCAAAUAUCUUUUGCAAUCAUCUUCUCGGCAGCCGUGUCAACUGUAUUGGUCAAAACAAUCAUGGUUUAUAUUGCUUUCAAAGCCACCAAACCUGGCAGUGUGUGGAAAACGUGGAUUGGAGUCAAACUGUCCACAACUCUAUUGUUGUUCUUCUUCUCUGUUCAAGUUAUAAUUAGUAUAAUUUGGUUGACUGUUUCUCCCCCAUUUCAGGAGACAGACACUUAUUCUUAUAUAGGAAAGAUCAUCAUUCAGUGUAACGAAGGCUCAGUUAUUGCAUUUUACUCUGUCCUGGGUUAUUUGGGGAUUUUGUCAGCUGCUAGUUUUAUUGUAGCUUAUUUAGCCAGGACAUUGCCGGACAGCUUUAAUGAGGCCAAGUACAUCACUUUCAGCAUGCUGGUGUUCUGCAGUGUUUGGAUUGCGAUGAUACCAGCCUAUCUGAGCACCAAAGGGAAAUACAUGGUGGCUGUGGAGGUUUUUGCCAUAUUGGCAUCAAGUGCUGGACUCCUAUUUUGUAUAUUUUUUCCAAAAUGUUAUAUAAUGAUCUUUAGGCCAGAAAUUAACACAAAAAAAUAUUUGCUUAACAAAUGA